AAUUUAACCUUCCUAGGCUAGGUUUUUAAUAAAUAAAAUGAAAAAAAUAUUUUUUUACAUAUUUGUUAUUAAAUUAUUGAACAUAGUACAUCCUCGUGAAAUUGAUUUUUCUGACAUAACUAGCUACGAUCAUUCAAUAAAACAAAAUAGAUUUGAUACUCCUGAAAACCAUUCUCUUUUAACAAGUCAGCUUCAAAAUAAACUCCUCCAAUGUGAAGAAAAGCACAAAAAUGCUUAUCCUAAAAAUUACAUAAAUGAAGAAGAAACUAAAUGUGUACUUUACUUAAAAAGAUAUGUAUCAAUCAUAUUAUCAUUAUUUGAAACUGCAGCAUGUAGUGAUCCUAACCAAAAUAAUUUAUUCAAAUGUAAUACAUUAAUAAAGGUUAAAGCAAAGGAUAUUAAAAUACUUCAAAAUUAUAUAGCUUUAUCUUCACAAAAUUCACAUAAUAAAGGUGACCACUUUAUUAAUGUGAUGGAAGUUUUAUUUGGCCUGAUUACUCCAAUUCAAAAACCUUUAUUCCCUACUCACUAUGAUUUAAGAAAUAAAUUUUUAGAAAUUUUUGGCAUUGGGAUUGAAACAAUUAUAUUUAUUCUUUUAUGCUUUAUAUUGAUCAUUCAAGCAACAUCUAUAAUGAAAAGAUCUCUGUGGCGGUUUUUCUUUGCACUAACAUUUGCAUCAUUUUUAUUAAGUUUUCCAUGGACUUGGUUACAUUUAUAUAAAAAAGCGGUCGUCAAAAGACAGUUGGAAAUUCUGAUGCCUCCUGAAUGCGAAAACGUUGAAUUCGAAUCCGCCCAAAGUUUUGCCUCCAUUCUCAAGAGCUAUUUAAUGAGUUGGGCUUUUUUCCCUACCAAAAAAAUGGGUAACACGCAAGAAAGAUGUAGGGUGCACCACGAGACUCUCUUAUUGGAUCCAUUUUGGGAAAUUACUCCUUCUUACGCUAUGGCUGUCACUAUAACGAAAUUCGUGCUUGAACCGUUGCACCACGUUGGUUCAUCUUUCAAUUCUCUGAUCUUCGCAUCUUUCAGCGGGCUCCCUACCCAUUACGUGCUCACAUUGCUAGGAAUAGUCUCCUUAUUUUCCUUGUCCUUCCUAUUGAUGAGUUUCGGUUACAAAUUAAGGCUGCCAUUCUUCUUUGCUACACUCGAACCGAGCGGGCCCCAUAAUAGGAUUUUUUCCGGCGUUUCCAACAAGCUCUCAAUAGAUUACGAUAAAGGUUCACGUAAUCUUUAUUUAGAGGACUACGAAACCAAAAAAUCAAGUGAUUCGAACUCUAAAAAGGAAGGGGGUUGGAAAAGGGAACACGAUCCGGAAGUUACACCAAAAGAAAAAAAAAGUUUCGUUAAAGAAGGAGUGACACUGGAUCCAUUAUCCCGCCAUAACCUGACGAAUAGGAGGAUAAAUUCGGUCGAAAUGAAAUUAUCGAUGCUUCAAACUUACAUGCAAACUCAGGAUAAGCGGAACCUGAUAUUAAGCAAACAAAAUCAAGUUGCCAAUAGCCUCUCAAAACUAACCUCCAAGGCAAAAGAAAAAGAAACUCCUUUGGCUCGUAAAAUUAGUAAAAAUCGAUUUUUAUCUUCAAAACUACAUUGCAGAACGAACAUCAAUCUUAAAAACGGUGCUAAAAAUGAAUGGCACGAUGAUGAGAACUUUAUCGAAAUACUCGAGUCGGAGAUGGGGGGCGGUGAUCAUAGGAAUGACAAAUCUGGAAAUAGUAAAGAUUUCACUAAUAUUUCUAAAUCACCUAAAUAUGAUAAAAAUCAAGUUAACACUAGUCUUACGAGAAAAACCAACAGAAUCUGCAAAAGUUUUCCCGAUAUAACUUGUGAUAUAGACUAAAAAAAGGAAGUAAAGAAAGAAAGAAAUGCAUUUUUUUAAAAAACGGAAAUCCUUCCAGAUAAAUCGCUCACAAUAAAGGAAUCUAAUCGUUUACAAAGAAUUUUAAUGGAUUAUUAUUUUAUCGGUAUUCUGUUUCAUCGGCUAUUAAACCAUGAUGAAGAA